AUGGCGACCGAAGCUAUGGCAGCUAUGGCUAUCGAAAGGGUCUGGGGCUUGGUAGCAGAGUGGUGGAGGGACAGAGCCUCGAAACAAGGAGGCUACGGCAGAAGCUACGGCUACUACCGUCCCAAAGGCCGGGGCCGAGGGAAAGGCCGAGGCCGUGGGAAAGGUAAAGGCAAAGGCAAGAGAAACCAGGUCACGAAGGAAAUGCUCGACAAGCAGCUGGAGGAGUACAUGGGCCCGGAUGCCAUUAAGGCCAUGCUGGAUCUAGAACUGGAAGCCUACUUUAAGGACAAAGCAGGCUUGGGCGCCAAGACUGAGACCCCGGUCUGUCGCCCGGCGGAAGGCGGGGGGAAGGCGGAAGGUGCACCUCGCUCCCCAGACGCCACUGCUCGCGCCAUGGAGGGCAAGCUUGCGUUGCGCUCGCCCAACGUCGCGAUACGCGAAGAACGGGGGCAACGGGGGAACGUGCGAGGUGCUGGCUUGGAAUAUGUGAUGUGCAAGACCGGCUUCUACAACGUCACCAGCGUCCGCGAAGGUCAACGGGAAGCUGGAGCCAAGGCCGAAGAUGAAGAGUUCUGGAUGCGUGUCAACCAGCGGCGGGAGGCCCGUGCCCGCAUGGUGACCAUCAAGAGUGAGUAG